AUGUUACAUUUCCUCAUAUUCUGCCUGCAACCUCCCUUAUCCGGCACGGAGCAGAUCCAUAUGACACUGUUCCCAGGUUCUCUGAGCAACAGGACUGAAUGUGUGAAGACAGAGACGAAUGGUACGAUAGCAUGUGCAUGGCUAUGCGGGAAGGAUAGGCGGUGUCAGAUAGCGCACUGGAAAGUUCGUGUUUGCUAUGUGAGUAUGGAGCUGUUAGAGAGAUUGCAAGAGGGAGCUCCGGUGGCUUGAUAGCUUGGAAGAGAUCCGUGCCUAACACCGACCUGAGCCAGCCUAUCACUUCAUGCCCAGCUUCCACAGUGACACUUCCAACCUGUGAAGUUGGGUGGAAGCUGUUCCCACGCUACGAUACUUAUUUGUGUCUAACGCUAGGCAUCAAUCGAAAGGAACGUGACGGAUACUUAUUACAGUUUGAUCAAAUUUCCAGUUAUGUUGCUUGCAGAUGGGAUGGAUCGAAGUUCAUAGAUGGUAUAUUAAGUGGGCUGGAGAGCGAUGAGGAGAGAGCUUACGCGUCGGACCGAGCUUAUCAAAUAAUGCUACAGAACAUGAACGAGACAUUGUUCGAAUUCCCAUCAAGUGAGCGACUGGGCUGGGGUGUGUGGUCAGGCGUUCCAAAUAACACAUAACAUGAACAAAACACCAUCAGGGAGUGUAGCGCGUUUUUGGGGUGUAUGGAUUGACGGGAUGUUAGAUGUUGGGAAAAAAAUCAAGUACACGGAUACCACACUCAACUUGAAACGUGGAUACAGGUGGGCCAAAAACUAUCCACUUUGGGAUUACUUACCAUCUCGACCAUGCAUUCAGCUGGUUGUAACGACCGAUCGAACUUUAGAAAUUAAUGGAACUCUCGUAAACUCUAACUGCGGCGGAGUAUAUAUUGUUUACAACAAACUGGUCGUUUGCGGAAAGAAGCCUAUUUAUUGAAAUUGGCUCAGCUCAGGCUACUGGUCUUUUCACAUUUAUUGCUUACAAUUGGAUAGCUUGGAAAGUAUUUGUUAACAAUAGUCAAUAAAA